UAUCUGAAACAGGUAUGUGAUGCAUGUGAAGCAGAGAUGCUGGGACAGGAGAUAGAAACUUGUGACAAAGAAACCAACACUGAAUGUGUAUUCCCACCAGUGCAUCAUACUAGGGUUAAAAUAGAAGGAUCUUCAAGAAAAUCGGCAAUCAAACGAUCACAAACCUUCACCCCUUGUGAAGCAGUCAACAAGUAUCACUACAUAUGUCGUCUGAACAGAAGUGAUAGUGACAGUUCUGUGCCAUUAUACAAGAAAGAAGGAAACUUUCUUCGAAAUUCUGCGGAAAGGAGAAGUCUCAGGUGGAGAAAGCCUCCUGGAAGGUGUGUUAAGCAUCGUGGCACUUCCUUUUCAUCCACCAAUCCUAAGAAUUUCAACUUUAGGACUUCUCUGGACCUGGCCUUAGAUCUUCGAGCCUCUCAGACUCGUCUUACCCUACUCCAUGAUGAAAUUUCUAAGUUGAGGGAGGUCAAGUAUAAGUUAGAGGAUGCCAAAACUAAAGGGGAUAUGCAGCUGCUGACAUGGAUAAAUGAAAAUGAAAAUAUUCAACAAUUAUUUGCAAGUGGCACAAAAGAGGCCAGUAAGCAGACUCGAGAAGAGAAGAAAGUUGAAAAAUUGUUAAGAAGAACAGCAAGAGAAAUUUACAAGCUCAGAAAAAAUCAAAAUAAACAACCAGAUAUUUCCUCAUUUAAAGAGAAAAUGGCUUUUUUUACAAGGGCUGAGAUUGCUGUCCCACAACUUCCUCCAGAUGAUAGUACAGAAGCAGAAGUUCAAGCUAGUGGACUUCAAAGUGUGGAUCUAUCCUCUAAAUUCAGUCCAGUAGUUAACACUACAGCAUUUGGUAACAAGCAAGGGGAUAACAAGUCAGGUUCAAAAAGAUUUGAGUAUGUAGUGGAUCCUGAAUAUGGUGUACAGGUGUGACGAGAUUGAUUUGUAGAGUUAGAUUGUGUGUUUAUGGUUAUGCUGGCAGCGAGACAGGACUACAUCAGUGGGCUGGCCCCACAGUGUAGUUCCAGCAUUUCCCGGGGGUUGUGACUGAAUUAGUUAAAUUGAGUUUCUUCUCUGUAUGAAUGUUUUUAUACAAACAAAUGCUGAAUGCCAAGAAAAACAUUUGCACUUAAACGGUGUAUCUCAGUGUAUUUCACCUUUCACCUGCCAAGUGCCAAUUUUGUUGUUUUCAUCUUAUUAACUGACAUGGAGCAUUACUUAACCAGCCAUCAUUUGCAUAAGCCUUUUUUUUUCUGUUCAUAUUCGUAGUACAAACUCUCAAACUUUUAUGUUUUCAAGCUCUGUUUCAGUUGAGUGAGGUUGUCUUGUUCAGUUCAACACUAAAGUUGUAAAUAUACUAUUGUACUUGUUGCUACUGUUUUUUGUAAUAAUAUGUUAGGUCUGGGUUCAGCAUGUAAAGAACACCAGCAUAAAAACAGGAAUUUUUUAAAAGGAUUUUAGUGCCUUUGAUUAAAAUAAAAUACCGUUGUGUAAAUUUUAAUGCUUAUUUAUAAGUAAACAAAUAUUACUUUGCUCUCUUUAUUAAGUUAUCAAACAAACACGUUAUGGUUGGUUGUAAAUCAAAGAUUAGGCUGGUAACUGCUGGUGUUUUUUGAAAGGGCUAUGUUUGAAAACUCUUCAUUGACUUCUGUGCUUUCAAAGGCUCCUUAGAGUGUGUAAAAUUGUCUAUUUUUUCCAUGAAAUAUGGUCUAAGAGUAUAUUUUCCUUGAGCAUCUUGAAACCAGUUGUUGUUGUUUACUCUUGAGUAGUAUAAUAGAUUAAUAUAACCAAGGCUGGGCCAAUUCUAGCGCUUGCCUGUUUUGUAUCAUAUUUUAAAAACAUAUUUUGUAUAUUAAUUAUUGGCUUUUAUAAAAUGAGCUGUAUCUUACUAUGCAGCUACAAAUAAAGUUUCAAAUGUAGAAUUGCAUUUUAUGAAUUUAAUAAAACUUAGGAGAUUGCUGAUGACAAGCAAAAAUACUUGACGCACAUAAAUAUACAAGUUUAAAACUAACUUCAUUCAACAAAUUAAGAAUACUCACAUUUCCUGAGAAAACUUAUUUUACUUUUAACUCAUUGUAAAGAUCAUUAAUCUUGAUUUCAAAUGUGGCCAAACAUCAUACCACUGCAGCUGUUAUUUUUAUAAGCAGCUUGUAAAUGAAGAUAUUUAUUAAAUUUUUUGUCAGUGUCAAUUUUCGUAAGAAUAGUUCCAUGGUUUUUAAUCACAGUCCUAUGCUAUCAAUAGAUUCAAACUUAAAAAUAACUUUGAAUUUUUUUUAUGAGAUGCUUUUCACAUCCGAGAUAUGUUGAAUUCCUAAAGAAAGUAAUUAACUAAAUAUUUUACAUACCACUUCUUAUUUUCUAGAGCAUAUUAUCCACCUUUUAUGUCCAAGCGCAUCUAAUUUUCCUGAUAUCUUCAUUACUGAUUAACUUGUUCCACCCAUUUGUUUAAUGUUAGUUGUAACUCGUUAAGUAAAAACAGAUUUCUGUUACAGAAUAGAAUUAAUAAGAAUAAUAAAUGUUUUUUUAUGCCCAAAAUCAUAUUUACUAGAAAAUAAUUCAACUCAAUUGCCUUUACUUGGGAGUUUUACUAUCCUGUAACUAGUUACAACAUCAAGUGGCCACCAUACAAAAUGUGCCUUUUUUUGGAUGUAUAGAAAGCCUCACCCUGAAAACUAAAUUACUUCUAAAUCUUAAGACAUGCUGAAGAAACAAACAAACAUACAUCAUUCAUUUUAAAUUAAUUAUAUAGUCUCUGAAGAUUCCUUUUAGUUCUCAAACUUUUCCUUGUUGGCAGUUUAUUUGCAUUGUAAGAAUGCUGUAUUUUUUCUUCAAGGCUUACUCACUGUC